AUGGGUUCAGCACUCUCAACUCGGUACCCCUCAUCAGGCUCUGAAACAUCAUCAUCUUCGGUAAACCACACCCCUCGAGAGAGUAGAGUGGUGGUUGUUGCCAAGAGAGCCAAUUCAACUCCAAACCUUAAAAGCGACUUGAAUGCUUCACCUACAAAUUUUUCCUCAUCAAACAAUGUGGCCAAUAGUGCCACCACUGUUAAUACCUCUCCAACAUCUUCAAUGAAUAAUAAUAUAUCACCUUCAAUGAAUCAAUUUAAAUUUCCAAGACAUGGAGCGAAUGGUUCUCGGUCAUCUUCAUUCACGAGAAGCAUUCAUGGAGGUACAAUAUCAACAGCAACUUCUGCUGUACAGAAUGCCAACUCUGGUUCAUGCAAUAACAUCCCUUAUUCAAACAAUAAUAAUUUUGAUACAACAUCAAUGGCAUCUAUUCAGCCAUCAGUUAUCACAACAAGUAAUAUAAAACUUCAAGCUCAUGAAUCUGCAAUAUCAUUACUAAGGUUCAGUCCAGGUGUAGCAAGAACUCCAUCGCCCGACAAUACAUCAGAUGCUCUAAGCUCACCAAAAUCUAUUGAACAAUUAGUCGAUAAUACCCACAUUUUUACAACAAGUAAUCCAAGUAUCGUAAGUUCUAUUGGAAAUAAUCAGUCUCCUUCCCCUCCUACAUUAAGCUAUUCCAACACUCCAACAGGAACCACGAUAAGUCCUUUUAAUAGUGGAAGUUGUUCCACUCCUCCUGUUCCUUCUGUUUCCACCCCACCUACUGUCACCUCUACUUCAUUGCCUCCAAUUCACCCUCAAACAAUUUCUGGGUUUAAUAGUGUUUCAAGUCCAAAUAAUGUCAAUUCUGCCUCCAAUACUGCCUCUCCAACUCAUUUCACAUUUCCUUCACACACUCCAACUCUUUAUCCCAUUCAAACGGAGAGCAAUUCUUUACCGAGUAUUGACAGAGUAUCUACUCCUAAUAGAUAUAGGCAUAUUCCACCGAAUGCUUUUGCAGCUUUUAAUUCAAACAGAAGAGGAUCAGUCACUAAUCCUAUUGUACCUGUUGCUAUUGUUGAAAAUAACAAUUCAGGGACCUCACAUUCAAUUGAAGUGACCAAUUCUUUUUCGUCUCUUUCACAAUGGGGCGGAAUUAAUGAGGAAAUUAUUCUUCCUGAAACACAGAAAAUGAAUGAAUACAAUAAGGAACUUAAAAAACAGGUUAAAAGCACCAUUAGUCCAGAGGAUUUAACUAGAUUGGAAAUUGGUGACAAUAGCGAUAUUCUCAUUCAAAUGCUUCUUUAUAAUCCAAUAGCAACAGUAAUCACAGAUUUGGACGGGAAUAUUAUUGUGAUGAACGAACCCUUUAAGCAACUAUUCAGAGUGGAUGAUCCAGAAACCAUUACAAGCAUUUCAAUAUUCAUUCCUAAAGAAUACAGAAAAUUUCAUGAAAAGAUUCUUAGAAAAUAUAAGAAAAAGAACAGACCAAAGAUUAAGAGAGUAACGUUGGGAUUAACACAAUAUGGUGACAAAAUUCCAAUAUCCAUAUCAGUCACCUCUUCUGAGCUUCAAAGUUCUGGAAAACCUGUCUAUAUUUGUUUUAUCAAGGAUCUUACAAGUGAAUUCAAACUUAACACCCUAGACGUCAUGUAUCAAAAUGUUACAGGACUUUCUUCUAUUCCUAUCAUUGGUAUAGACCAAGAUUGUAGAAUUACAUUAUUUAAUCAUGCAGCCGAAGAGACUUGGAUGAUUAGUAAAACAGAGGUACUCGAAAAUAAUGUUAAAAUUCUAAUGCCAGAGGCAACAGGAAAGGUGCAUGACAAAUUUGUGACUGAGUAUAUUAUUGGUAAAAGAGAAAAAUCAGUCAUUGACAAAGUUAAGCAAGUCAUUGGAAGAAGAGUUGGAAAUGGCAAAGAAUUCCCACUAGAAAUUAAGGUGGCUGAGGUUAAGCACGAACUCAACAACAAGAGAUCAUUCGUUGCAUUUUUAAGAGAUUUAACAGCUGUCAUGACUGCAAGAGAGUUUCAGUUGACUCUUUACCCAGAAAAAGUUGUAAAUAUGUUAGAGUCAGGAGAAAGAACUAUUCACCAUCACCACACUUGUGCCAGUGUUUUGUUUUGUGAUAUUGUUGGUUUUACAGAAAUAUCUAGACAAAUGGAAAGUAAUGAAUUGGUGAUGAUUUUGGAUGAAAUUAUUUCAAUGUUCGACAAUCAUCUGUUAAGCAAAUACAGAAUUGAAAAGAUUAAAACAAUGGGUGACAAUUAUAUGUGUGCAACUGGACUGGAUGACAGUACUGACCAUGCGAAUAAUAUUGUUGAGGCUGCUAUUGAAAUGCAAAAAUUAAUGCAUGAAUUUAAUGAGAGACAUGCCGAAUUGAGACUUAGAUUUCCAGAUCAUUGCAACAAUUUUGGACAAGUUAUUUCUGUAAGAGUUGGUGUUAAUUCGGGAGAUUUAGUAGCAGGUAUUGUUGGUAACAGAAAACCAGUUUAUGAUGUUUUUGGAGAUAAUGUCAAUCUUGCCUCAAGAAUGGAAAGUUCAGGAAUUGAAUCACAAGUCCAAAUCACUCCAAAAACAUAUAGCUUAUUGAAAAAUGAAUUGAAACAAUAUUUUACAAUAAGAAGGGAUAACAAGGUUAAAGGUAUUGGUCUAAUGGAUACGUACAUUACAAAUCUCUCCCCCGAAAGUUUUGAUAUGAAAAGUGCAAGAAUUAAUUCUCGUCACGCUCAUCAAAACUCUGGAAUACCUAAUAUUGGAGAUAUUGAUGAGCAUUCAUUCUCUCUAACAUCCACUUCCAUUGAAGACGAUAUUGAUGGAGUUGAACAUUCGAAUUUAUAA